AUGGCAUGUGUGAUGGUGUUUCUGAUGUUAACUCAAAUAUUGGGAAAACUAUCUGGUACAGAUGGUCGUGCCAGUAGCAAAAGCCGACGUCAAAAACAUGGAGGAGGCGGUGAUGUUGGUGCCACCGGUUUCAGUGGUAUGGGUGUUGUUGGUGAUGCUAACGGUGCUAAUAGUACAGACGGUGGUAGUGGUGUUAAUGGUGUUGGUGGUGCUGGUGGUGCAAGUGGUGCUAGUGGUUCUGGUGGUGCGGGUGGUACUGGUGGUGCCAGUGGUGCUGGUGGUGCUGGUGGUGCUAGUGGUGCCCAUGGUUCUGGUGGUACUGGUGGUGCCAGUGGUGCUAGUGGUGCUGGUGGUCCUGGUGGUGUUGGUGGUGCUACUGGUGCUGGUGGUGUUGGUGGUGCCAGUGAUGGUGGUGUUGGUGGUACUGGUGGUGCCAGUGGUGCUGCUGGUGGUGGUGGUAUCGGUGGUGCUGGUGGUGCCACUGGUGCUGGUGGUGCUGGUGGUGCUAGUGGUGGUAUCGGUCCCAUUGGUGUUAUUGCUGGAGAAUGUCGUGGUGGUGUAGGUAAUUGUCGACACUAA